AUGCCUCACUCUGUAUCACCUGGAUCUGCGCAUGAUGCCGACAUGCCAGAUGCACCCUCGGCACCCGCCGAGUCUUCCACCGAAAACGUCAAGCUGGAGGAAAUGUUCGACGAUGACGACGACGAGUUCCCGGCGGGAGAUGUGAAGAUGGAGUCCCCAGCAGCAACGCAAGAAGAGCCUCCAGCACCCACGCCCUCUGGAGUUGACGAUGAGUUGAUGCUGGCCUUCUACCAACGCCUCUUCCCUUUCAGAUACCUGUUCCAGUGGCUGAACCACGGAAUCGUUCCCACGAAAGAUUUUGGAAAUCGUGAAUUCGCGCUCACGCUGCAAAAUGACGCUUAUCUCCGUUACCAAUCCUACCCCACCGCCGACAUGUUCCGGAAAGAUAUCCUCAAGAUGAACCCCUCUCGUUUCGAAAUUGGACCUGUCUAUAGCACCAACCCUCGCGACCGCAAAACGCUAAGAGGGGGUCAGAUGAAACCCGUCUCUAAAGAAUUGGUCUUCGAUAUUGAUUUGACUGAUUACGAUGAUAUCCGUACCUGCUGUAUUAAAGCAAAUAUCUGCGCAAAGUGUUGGUCCUUUGCGACAAUGGCUCUAAAGGUCAUCGACACCGCCCUCCGGGAAGACUUUGGCUUCGAACAUAUUCUCUGGGUCUACUCCGGUCGUCGUGGUAUUCACGCCUGGGUCUGCGAUCCGCGUGCCCGCAACAUGCCAGAUGAUCGGCGAAGGGCUCUUGCCAGCUACCUCGAACUCAUCCGAGGAGGCUCGCAGAGUGGCAAGAAAGUCAACGUCAAGCGGCCGCUGCACCCUCAUAUUGUGCGCAGUCUGGAAAUUCUCAAGAACGACUUUGCGCGCACCACACUUAUUGAUCAAGAUACGUUUGAAAGUGAUGAACAGGCAGAACGCCUGCUUUCAUUGCUACCUGAUAAGGGAUUGAACGACUCUCUGCGGAGGAAAUGGGACUCCUCUCCGGGCCGGACUAGCACCAGCAAAUGGGCUGAUAUUGACACCCUAGCCAAGAGUGGCAAGAGCACAACUCUCAAAACAUCAACCCUUCGAGAUGCCAAGCAAGAUAUUGUGCUUGAAUAUACCUACCCACGCCUGGAUGCCGAGGUCAGCAAAAAGAUGAUUCACUUGCUGAAGAGCCCCUUUGUCAUUCACCCGGGCACUGGGCGAAUUUGUGUUCCCAUCGACCCGAGCAAUGCUGAGAAUUUCGAUCCCCUCACUGUUCCGACGGCAAUGCAGCUUCUCAACGAGAUUGAUGAAUACGACGCCAAGCACCCUGCCGGCUCGGCGGAGGCUGAUGUCCCAGACGUCGAAGGCAGUACAGUCAACGGCUCUGAUAUGAAGGGUGGCCGGAAAUUGCAGGAUUACGAGAAGACCAGCUUGAAGCCCUACAUCGACUUCUUCCGUUCGUUUAUAGCAGGUCUGAUGAAGGAAGAACGUGCGGGCAAGCGGGAACGCGACGGGAAUGAGCCAACUGUCAAGGCGGAUCCGAUGGAAUUCUAA